AUGGCACGUCUCACAGCUCUUCUCGGUCUUGCUACCGUUGUCUCCCAAUGCUCUGCGCAUUUUCUCUUGAACUCCCCUAUGUCCUAUGGUUUCGACGAUGAUGCAGAAGGAACCGCUCCUUGUGGUGGCUUUAACGUUGGUUUUGAUCAUAAUAUUACCGGCUUCCACGUAGAUGGAGACUCAAUCGCAAUGACCUCGACCCACCCAACGACAACAUGGUUGUUCAGAGCCAUGCUUGGAAAUGAUACUGCUGCAGCCAAUUGGACAAACCUCAUCCCAUCUGUCCAACAAACUGGUCUCGGUGAUUUCUGCGAACCAACCGUCACUGUUCCAUCCACAUUUGCUGGAAGCAUGGGUGUCGUGAAUGUUGUUGCUGAUGGUCCCGAUGGACUCCUCUACCAAUGCGCCCCCGUAACUUUCCUUGCCGGACCGGCAACUGCUACUCCUACUGCAUGCAAGAACGCAACCGGUGUAUCGGCAAGCUACGCUGCUGAUGCAGCUCUUUCCAGCCUCCCAGCUUCCGCGACUGCAACCGCCUCCGGAAGUGGAACCUCCGGCACAGCUGCUGCCACCAGUUCCAGCGCGGCUGGAGCUUUGACUGUCGCACCAAUGACCUACGGUGCUAUGGGAACCUUAAUGUGGGUUGGAAGUGUCGGUGUUGCAAGUUUCGCUGCUUUCUUGUUGUAA